UAUCAUCCCCUGUUAAGCAAGAAGUUUCCUCAAUCUCUCAUGUAUAUAUAAGUCAUUGAUUAAGCUUCAAACUUCCAAAUAAGAAUAGUCCAAUCAUAUAUUAAUUCAAAUUUUGAACCAAUGGAUUAUUCAUCUUGGGAUGAUCUUCUUUUUCACUAUAAUUCACUUCCAUUUAACGUUAACGAUACAGAAGACAUGUUACUUUUUAAUCUUGUAGCUGAAGGAUCAUCGCAAGAAACAGUGAAUUCGUCGUCUAGCUACGGAAUAAAGGAAGAGGAAGUGACCUCAUAUGAAGAAGAAAGAAAAGAUAAGAAUUACAGAGGAGUUAGAAAGAGGCCAUGGGGUAAAUAUGCUGCUGAAAUUCGUGAUUCUACGAGGAAUGGUGUUCGUGUGUGGCUAGGUACAUUUGAUAAUGCUGAAGAAGCUGCGUUAGCGUAUGAUCAAGCUGCAUUUGCUAUGAGAGGUUCGAUGGCCAUACUUAAUUUUCCUGUGGAGAUAGUUAAGGAGUCGUUAAAUGAAAUGAAGUGUAGAUUUGAUGGUAAUUGUUCGCCGGUGAUUGAAUUGAAGAAGAGAUAUUCAAUGAGGAGAAAGAGUGUUAGUAGAAAAAACAGAGCAAGAAAAGAUGUUGUGGUUUUUGAAGAUUUGGGUGCUGAGUAUUUAGAGGAAUUGUUGAUUUCUUCAGAAAGUAUCACAAAUUGGUGAUUUCUUUCCCAUGUUUUUUCAGUUUGCUCUGUUUAUAUAAUCUUGAAUUAGAAUUUUGUUUGAUUGUUUUUUUUAACGGAGGGAAAAUUGGGAACGUCUCUCACCAACGACGUGAAAGUUCAGAUUUCUCUUUUCCCCUGCUUUUGGUGAUUCAUUGAUGACUUUAUUAGUUUAUGGUUCUUUUGUACGGACAAAAGAACUAAUUAUGUUUUUGACAAAUUCUUAAUUAUUUAGGCAUAUUAAAAGAGUUUAUGUACGUUUA